GUUUUGAUAAUUUUUUCCCUUGUUCUGACACUUCGCGUUUUGUUUUGGUGUUGCGAUAAGAAUCCUGUUUUGCACGAUAUGGAUUUUUUUUCAUGGAAAAAGUGAAUUUAAUUAUAUUGAGUGAAUUUAUAGUGUGAUCGUGGUUUGGUUUACAAUAUAUUGAUAAACCUGAUAUAAUAAUUAUAGUGAUUAAACUGCAAAAGUGGAGUACUGCUGAGCACUUGCUUUUCGCGACCCCCGUUCCAGUUUUCAUUGCUUUCUAUAGAUUUGCAAGAAUAUGGAUCUAAUAUAUGAGCCUUCAUCACCAUCAUCUUAAGCUACCACCAUAUCAAAAACGAAGAAACCAUGCAACAACCGUUGAGAGGAAGAAGCAAUUAACGCUCGGGCUGAGGAUGUCAUCUGAACGGGAAUAUCCCACAUUGCCGGAGGGGCUUAAACCUAUGGAGCAUCAAAUUGCGGGACAUGCCUUUUUCGACACAACAGAUAGCGUUGGUUUAUUGAAAAGUCUCGACGAUGCUUCAGUCUUAAAACCAGCAGGAAAGGUUCUCUGUGGACUUCGCGAAAUCAAAUUCUACGAGCAAGUCCAAUCAGCCACAACGGAAACCGAUUUGCUACCGCUGAAAGAUGUCAUUCCAAGGUUUCUAGGUCACACGAAGUUGCCUGUCGAUGGUAAACUGCUGGAAUUUAUCAAACUUUCUGAUUUGACCCACGGAAUGCAUGAACCUUGCAUUAUGGACGUUAAAAUCGGCUGUCGUACUUGGGAUCCGCAAGCUUCGGAAGAAAAACGGAGGGCAGAGGAGUCGAAAUAUCAAGCUUGCAAGCAAAAUUAUGGCUUCUGCAUACCCGGGUUUCAAGUAUACUCUAUAGCCAACGGUCGGCGGAUGCGGUAUGGGAAAGACUACGGGAAGAAGCUUACCGAAGUUACUGCGAAGGACGCGUUCAGAAAAUUCCUGAACUUCGACAGUGGCCUAUGUCGACAAUUGUUAAUGCAGUUCCUAUCCGAUCUAUGGACCAUCCAGAAGUGGGCCCGUACUCAAACAACCUUCCGGCUGUACGCCAGCUCCGUCCUGUUAGUGUACGAUGCACGUCGUCUCAAGCCAGUAUUGCAGUAUCAAUCGAAAAGUCUGAGUAGCUCUAGUUCUAAGCUCACGAGCUGUAAUACAAGCACCUGUCCGACGGGUACCGACACUAGCAGCACGGGGAGUAGUCCGCUUGGUGGACCCAGCUCAACACCUGAAACGCCGACUGGCGGCGAAAUUGAACCAUUGCAGCAUUACUUUAAAAUCCAAAGAAGUCACUCGGCAUUCAAUAACUACGAAGAGGAUAUGAAAGCCAUGCGUGAGAACUACGUGUUCAUGCGAGACAAUCUAGUUGGGUCGUACGAGAAUAAGAUUUGGGCCAGUGCUCGUAUGAUCGAUUUUGCUCACGCUUUUCCUGCAGAAGACAGCAAUAUCGACAGCAACUACUUGCAAGGUAUAGAGAGCCUGGUGAAAAUAUUCGAAGAAUUUCUCAAGGAAUGCGAAUUGGAGAAUUGUCCAAAAGGGGGCGUUCCGUAGCCUAACUGGUGCCAGUAAGAACUGUACUUAAGCGAAGCUUUCAAUGUAUGGAAUAGCAUUUUGUACUGAGAUUACAAAUCACAGCAACUAACUGUCCGAAUUAUUCUGUUUAGCUAGCUAGCCAUAUACAUAUAAAUAAUUAUAUCUUGUUGUAACAGUAAUUACUACGAAGCACAAGGCACUGAAUCCUUCGUAUAUGUUUCGGUAUAACAUCGUAAAUCUAAUAAAAAUGACAUACGUACAACUACUGUAACUGC